UGCUUGUACAUGACAUCAAAAUAAACAACAUGGAGGUGCAGGACGAGAGCGAAGAUAAGUUAGAAGAAUCUGUCUUAGAAGAUGUUUCAUCUACAGAUUUUGAGAGCGUUGAUAAAAAACCCGUGGGGUCUACAUCGUACAAUGAAAUAUUCUUUAUAGAUCAAGGGUCACAAUCUAACAUAUAUUGCAGUACAAAAUUAAGAUAUCCUUCAACAACACAAGAAAGGUUUUUAGUUGGAACUUUAAAGGGAAAGGUAUCAUGCCUUGAAAGAUGCGAAGUUGCCGAUGCACGUGAAAAGUUCCAUAGCUCUCAUGAUAUGCAAGCACGGGAAGUCUAUUUUUCUUACAUACCAGGUGAUGCUGAAAUUAUUUCAAUGGAUGCAUUUUAUAAACAUCAGACAAUACGGGAAAGUAAACGUUUAAUUGUAGGUGUGACACUUAUCUUAUUGAAGCCUUACGACAAAGACGUUCCUCCAAAACAUUUUUUCAACAUUUACAAUGCGUUGGAACCUGGUCAGGAGUUUGAUUUGGACAAAUUGGCACAGGUUUGCCAGCAUCAAAGACUUGGAUUUAUUCCGUAUCAUCUAUUUCAUGCAAAUAUUUACGUAAAUGGUGGAUAUGAAACAGUUUUCUUGUUGGCUGGUAGCGACCAACAGAUUCAUCUCUUCAGAGGAGAUGAUCAAUUAAAGUUUGAUGAACACCCUUGUGGUAAAUACUUCCCUGAAUUUACAGACAUUCCUGGAAGGGUUAUUUGGAUGGAUGUAAGAAAUUGCGAUUCGUGUACACGCGUGUCAGUGUUCGGUUGUGAUAACGGAUAUUUACGUGUUAGCGUUACUGAUGUUUGUAAGGCAGAGGUACUUCGGACGUGGUCAUUACCAAUGGAUGGACCAAUAUCAUCAGUUCGUUUGUUUACGUUAUUUGCAGAGAAGGAAAUUACAUUCAAUGAACUGCAGGAUACAGUAGUUUCACCUCGUAGCAGCCUGUGUAGUAGCAGCGACAUCAAUCUACUUGUCACCAGUGCUCUAGAAGUAUCUGCUGUCUUUUUAAACGUUGCAGACAAAGGCUUAGAUGAUAUGGUCAUAUUAAACCAAUCAGAUCAAUACGAUAGUGUUACUUGCUCGUGUGUAACUGACAUUGAUUGUGAUGGAAAUCAAGAAAUUAUUCUCGGAACGUAUGGCCAGGAACUUCUUGUCUACAAAUGGUUUGCGCCAUCUAAUGGAUUUAGCCACCUAGUCCACUUCGAUCUAAUUUGGCAAAAACAAUUUUCGAAACCAUUGUUAUCAAUCCAUGGACUUGAUUUGAUGGGAGAUGGGAUGCAGGAAAUGGUAGUCGUGUCGCUGACAGGUGUUCAUAUUCUACAGCAUGAAGUGGAACAAGCUGCAGAAAAACUAUUACAGAAGAUGAUCGAAGCAUUCCCUAAAAAGGCGUUACUCGACAAUAAGAAUAAAUCACAAGAGGAUGAUUCAAAUACUUCCGAGCUUGAUGACGUAAUUCGAUCGAUUUGUUCAUCUAAUAAUAGCUACAAUGAAAUCACGUGAUCAUCACGUUAUAAUCGCUUGGUCGGAAGUUUCUGUGAAGAAUAAAAUAAAGCAUUGUGACAUAGGUGUAGAUAUUCGCAAAAACACGAAAUGAAAACAGUAUAUAUAUACAGUUUUUCAGAAACGAAGCAAACGACCAACUGGUAAAGGGAUCUUAAAACUCAAUUUUUACGGGGUGUAUGAGGGAUAUUCAAUCAAAAACAUGCCUUUUCGCAACCUCGUCCACAGGGCAUCUUGUAUCUUUCCUGACAUCGAAAUGUUCGUCUCGCUGUCCCGGUUAACAACAGGCGCUGUGAACGAGGUUGGACUUUUCGUCCUUUAUUCGUUAUCUAAAAUGGUUAAUUUUUAAGUAGUCUUCCAGAUUUGUCGAAUUUUUUUUGUUAUACCUAAAUGCCUUCGAUUGCCAUUGAUUGACGGCAUUUUAAAAGUUUCAUACUUAAUUUUUUUUUAAUUUUUACAUAAGUAAAAGUUUCUUAAUCUUUUGGUAGACGACUGGUCAGUUUUUUUUUAAAGUGGUUUCUUAUGAAAUAAAAAAAUUGUAAGCUGGUCUAUUCAGUAAUUCAGAAAUCUAUAAAAGUGUUACGUUGCAUAAAAAUAGAUUAUACAUUAUUACGUAUUAUACUAUUAAAAUUAUUUGUGAAAUACUUUAUAAAAAUAAAGACUCUGCUAUUUUCUGGAGAUGAUUUUUCACAACAAAGUUAUAAAGAUGUUUUAAAUUGAGAAAUUGACAACAAAAUAAGCAUUCGUGAGUAAAUGACGCCUAAAUUUUGAAAUAAAAUGGAGACUAAACGAUUAACUGAGAACUAUUGAGGUCAGUGCAAAUUUACCUGAUGCUCAUAAAGAAACGUCUAUUUGUUAAUAAAUAUACCACCAAGUAUAAAUUAUAUAACUUAACAAAAGAUGGUAAAAUUGAUUUCAUUUGCAAAUAAUAAUAUAAUAAUUUAAGUACUUGUGGUCAAAUUAAAAAAAAACUUUAGUUAUUUCAAAUGUUCAUAGAAUUCUAUUAGAAAUAAAGGUAAAAACGUUUGAUAUGUUGUGAUCCAGUUUAAGUUGUGAGUCAUGGUAAAAACAGAUGCUUUUAUAUCCAUGUUUUUUUUCUAAUGUAGUUUGGUAUAUUAUUCCAACAGAAUAAUGUCAGCAACUAAAUUCUUUCCACCUUUUACCAAAA